CUCACCCUCAUCUUACGCAAUGCAUUGGUUUAAAAAGACCGGCUACCUAGGUAGCUGAAAUGUAGUCACAGUUUCCUUCUACAUUCAAUCUCGGAACAUCUCACCUACCAGCUGAAGAGAAAUACCAGAUGGCCCUCACCGGAGUCUUGUGUGCAUUUGCAUUUGUAUGUGUCACGCUGUGUCCGGCAGGGAAGAUUGACUCUGUCGGAGGUUUGUCGGAUCGCAACCUCAACCACCAAGAUAAACUAACGUGGCUCGAAACAUUACAGGAGAAAGGGGCAACCACCGACGACAAAUACGACAUCGCCUGGCUGCUAUACAAGCUUUUAAAGUCACACAGCGACCAGUUCAAAUCAAACUUUCGCCCUCCUGGACCAGAGAGUGGCGGGAUACAGGAGAGUAGGCGCGAGACUACGCCACAGAAGGACAAGCGCGUUCGCAAAGCCGGAUGCAGAAUGUUCUUUUGGAAGUCGUGGACUGUAUGCUGACAGACGUGCCUACUUUUAACUCCAAAACAGAUGGUUUUCGAUUCGAGAGCCUUCAUUCCAAAUCAGCUUACCAAAGUUUUUCCGCAAUUAUUAAUGUAACUUAUUAUUUUUUUAUGAAUGGUAACUUAUCAACUUAUUGACUUGGUUGUGAGGCUAUAUAUGUCAAGUUGUAAUAAAAUGUGAGUUAUUUAUU